AUGAAGAAUAUAUCAACCUUCCCAACAGGUGCAUCAGUUGAUGGAAACAAUGAAGAAGAAAAACGAGCUAUCGCAUUGUAUCAAGCAAGAGAAGAAGAGAUACAGAUGAAGAAGAUGCAAGUGAAGGAAAAGGUCGAGUUUCAGUUAGGUCGUGCAAAAGAAGAGACCAGACGUCUGGCUCAAGUUUGGGAAGAUAUCAAGCUUUUGACAGAUCCCACGAGAAAAGACGUGAUAAUCGUGCGAAAGAAGAUAGAUAUGGCUAACCGAGAGCUGAGAUCACUGGGACAAAGUUGUCACAAGAAGGAGAAAGAGUAUAGAGAAGCAAUGGAGGUAUUACACCAGAAAAAUGUCGAAAGGAAUCAACUUACAAUCACUCUAGUUGAGUUGGUGAAACAAAGUGAGAAAGCGAGGAUGAAGAAGUUGGAGGAGCUAAACAAGAUCUUAGAUCCUUCAGGAUGA